UUAGUAUAUAAAUAAAAUCCGUUGCGAUACGGCAACAAAAUAUUCAACAAAAAAUGUCAAAAGCAACGAAGCGAGUUUACGAGCCCCGCUCCAACUACCCGGACCGCACAAAGUCCGAGGAGAAGUCUUUCUCCGAGCUGAAUGUGCGCAUCAAGAGCUUGGACACGCUGCUGCUGCUGCUAAGCUCCAAAGAGGAAUGCGUCCUUUUAAGCGUCUUCAGUCACAUAAUGGAGUUUACGCGGCGACAGGAUGAGAAUGUGCUGGAGCUGAAAGAACAUCACAUGCUGGAGCUGUUGCUGGAAAAGAAGAUCUUCAUCGAGGCGGAGAAUGUUAUGAUCCGCCGCUUUGCCUUGUAUCUCAUCACCGCGCUGCUGGACAACACAGACAUGAACACGCUCGAGCCGGAAAAGACGGAGGGCAUCCUGGAGGUGGCCUACAGAUUCUACCUGAAUGAGUCUGAUGAAUUCUGCAUCGAGUAUCUGUCGCACUUAAUGAACAUGUGUCUGCGCGACCCCAAAGUGGCUCAGGGCAUUGUGGAGAACGGGGAGCUUCUGCACAAGUUCAAGGCAGUUAUUGCCACCUCAGAGAAUCCCGACACCAUAUUCAACUCCAUCGAGGCCGUGCACAAGAUUCUGCUCAUCCAGGGUGCCGAGGAGAUGCUGGAGUUCACCAUGCUGCCUGACUUCCCCAUCGAUCGCAUUGUCUGCGAGGUGACAAACAGUUUCCAGGAGAUUCGCCUGGCGGCCCUUAAGGUCUUGAAGACCCUCCUGGUGGACACAAGUGAGCAGAGCGUGUUCGAGCCGCUGCAUCGCUGCUUCUAUGUGCUGGAGCAGCUGGUCAAAGCAUUCUGCGAAAAUCCCCAGGGACCGGAUGCCGUCGAGAUCAUUGGUGUGCUCGCCACGGCUCUGCGAUCCGAGAAGAUGACCAAACUGUUCUUUGAGCACAAUCUUUUCGACCUUAUCGUCGAGCACUUAAAGGACCAAAUUGAUAUCCUGUCGCUGGAGCUGCGCUGCACCAUCAUAUCCAUAUUCGCGGAAACGGCCAAGUACGCGCAGUAUUUGGCUCGGAUGCACAUUGCCGAGAUCACGGACAUGCUACUCAGCUGCCUCAUGGAGAACGACCCGGCACCGGCCACCUUCGUGAUCCUUGGCCUCAACCGCAUGGCCGAUCAUCCGGACGCACUGCGUCGAAUUGUGGCCGAGUAUGAUGUGGGUGCUCUGCGGAAGCUGGUGUCCAUUUUUCACUCCCCGGAGGUGAUCAUCAAGACCAGGGAGCAGGCGGCGGAGUUUAUCAAUCGACUGCUGAUCGGAGCCUACCGCGACACGGCCGGUCUGCUGAUGGAUCUGGACAUUCCAAGCGUCCUCACGGGCACCAUUCAGCAGGGCCUGCCCACUCUCUCCAUUGACCUGAUUCUCUCGCUGCUGGUAAUUAUCGAGAGUCUGGGUCAGAACGAGGAGUACCGAACAGUCCUGGGCCAGCAUCGUCCGCUCACCGAGCAGAUUGCACAACUCCUAAUGCGUUCGUACGCCCAUUCCAUACUCGUGAACAACAUAUUCCGCUGCCUGUGCACCAUCGUCGAUGAGCAGGCUGUGCGGGAGGUGCUGCUCGAGAACUACAUUGUGUCCUCCAUCAAGCGGGCCCUGAAAUCGCUCUCCAAUCUAAUCAAGACGGCGGUGACCAACUUCAUACUGCAGACAACGCGCUUCAGUGAGUUCAUCGACGCCUACAUAGAUCGCGGCAUUCUGGAAGUCCUGAUGAUGUUCCAGAAGCACGCCUUCUGCGUGUCCACCUGGGGUCCGGCCAUCGAGAGCAUCCUCUCCAAGUGCCCCACAAUGAAGUUCUGCAUUAGAAAUUGCCUGACCUUCACCGACAUCACCGCCGGCAAGGACUUGUAUGUGUCCCGGAAGAAGUUCAACGACUUUCGUACCUUCCAGGACAUUCUGCGCAGUGACUGUUCCCCUCUGGAGGCAGUGCUGGUGGUCAACUUUGACCGCCUAGAGGCGGAUGAGGGGGACCUAAUGAAAGUUCCGUCCUUCUGCAUACCGAUAUCCGAUGGCUCUGGCGAUCAUACCUGGUGCUACUGCAAGCGUCCUGCGGAUCCCAAUCUGCCCAAAUAUCUGCUGACCCUCAAUCAAUCCCUGACGAAGCACGGCCUGGUGGAGAAUCCGGCAAAGGUGCGCAGCGCCAUUGAUUUUGACAACGUGGCCAAGCGGUGCAAGACCAUUGCCCAGGUGGUCGACAAUGCGAUGAAUGAGAACCUCAAGAUCCUCGACCUCAAUUCGACGGAGGAGUGCUCACGUCACGUGGUGCGUUGCCACCUGCAGGAACUCCGUCAUGUCUACCACACCAACUUUAUACCCCUGGGCAUGGUGCGAAGUGGCUGCCAGUUUGAGCGCUCGAUCCUCUUCAAGGCGCUGGCCGAUCAGAUCGGUCUGCCCUGCACUCUGGAGCGCAGCGUCGACGGCCGGAUGCUUUACAAUGAGGUGCCGAUGCCGCUGGAGAUCGCCAAGGAUGUUCACUGUGACAAGAAGACUCUCCAGUUCAUGUCCUGGCGCAUGCUACGCCCCACCCACGUCGUCGAUCUGAUGUACAAUGUGGGCGACUUGUAUCCCAUGCAGAGUCGUCAGGCCCUGCAGUAUCUGCGUCUCUAUUGAUCACUGAGCUCUUCGUUAAUUCUUUUGGCAGUUUUCAUUUAUAAAUUUCCCUGUUAUCGUUUAUCGAAUGUUU